CCUGCUGCUGGAGUGCGUCUCCCCGCUCGGAAAGCGCUGCGUUUGGACGGUUCCAGGAGCCGACAGCAUGUUCCAUCUCCACACCGCAGGGAUUUUCAUUUCUCUGUGUCUCACUCGAGCGGCUCUGUCGCUUCUGCAUCCCGAUUGUGAAUUGCUCUUUCAGCUGGAGAAAGAGGAGCGCCUCUGCCUGCAGUACAUCGCCGAGCAGGAAAACAGGAGCACGGAAGGUUGUCGGCCAUUAUGGGAUGGAGUUCUUUGCUGGCCUCAAGCUUUCGCCGGUGAAACUGUGCAGAGAGGUUGUCCUACUUUCUCUUCUCUUUUCAGAAACAACACAGGGACGGUGAGCCGAAACUGCACGAGCCGGGGCUGGUCAUGGCCUUUUCCUCCGUACUACAAUGCCUGCCACGUGGACGAUCCUACUGAGCCGGUGCAGUCCUACUUUGCCACGGUGAAGCUGAUAUACACCGUGGGUUACAGCAUCUCUCUGGGGGUGCUGGCCGUCGCUGUGUUCAUCCUGCUGAUCUUCAGGAGACUGAGAUGUGCCAGGAACUUCAUUCACAUCCAACUCUUCCUCUCGUUUAUCCUGAAAUCUGUGGCCGUGUUCAUAAAAGAUGCCAAUCUGUUCCCAAGCUUUGACACCAACCACUGCACCCUGUCCACAUUUGCCUGCAAGGCUUCUGUGGUUUUGUGCCACUACUGUAUGAUGACUAAUUUCUUUUGGCUCCUGGUGGAGGCGCUGUACCUCAAUUCCCUGCUGCUGUCCUCCUUCUACCAUAGCCGCCGCUGCCUCUGGGGCCUCAGUCUGCUGGGAUGGGGUGUGCCUGUUUUCUUUAUACUUCUGUGGAUUGGAUCCAGGGUGUACUUUGAGGACACCGAAUGCUGGGACAACACCAAGGACUCGCCGUACUGGUGGAUCAUUAAGGGACCGAUUCUUGUCUCUAUAGCGGUCAAUUUUAUGCUUUUCGUGAACAUCAUCAGAAUCCUCAUACAGAAGCUAAAUCCUCGGCUGAUCCAGUUCAACAACUCCUCUCAGUACAGGCGCCUGGCCAAGUCCACCCUCCUCCUCAUCCCGCUGUUUGGGACCCACUACAUGUUCUCCAGUUUUCUGCCUGACUACUUGAACGACCUGCGCUUCUAUAUCGAGCUCUGCCUGGGAUCCUUUCAGGGGCUUCUUGUUGCAGUCCUCUAUUGUUUUCUCAAUCAAGAGGUGCAGAAAGAGGUUCACAUGCAGUGGCUGAGGUGGCAAGAGAGGAGCUACGGGGUGGUGUCGCCCGCUGCAAAGGGGAGCCAGAUGGACACACCCUUCUGAUAUCUUCCUGCCGUCAUAUGAGAAAUAUUCAUGCAGGACUGUUUCUGUCAACGAUGCGUCUAUAUAUCUGAGCUGUACCGCACGCACGCUGAUGCUUCACUGAACACUGUAGGUUCAUCUAAAACUGUGUGACAGACUGUUGUUCUGACGGCCCUUCUUCAACCAGAGCAGAGGGAAUCUGAACGCAUUUAAGAUUUCAACACACGUUCAUAUUUCAUACAACAACACCGCGGACAGUUCCUGCAUACAUUUCCCAAACUGCACAUUAAUCACGUGAAAAGAGCAGCGUUCUGCCUGGGAGACAUCACUCACUGAAUUAAUGACUCAUUAUAAUUUCACCAAGCUUAAAGAUCAGACCGACAAUUAUAGAGCCGUCGUUGAGGAAGUAAAAUGUUACAAGGGUGUUCAUUUGAAUCAAAAACAACAAUGUUCCCUCAUUUGCAUUUUAACGUAAAGACAGUGUAAAUAAUCAAAUUACAUUUGAAUUGAUCCCUAAAGCUGUGGCAAGUAAAAGUCAGAGGCUGUUUUUGAUACUUGCUACUUGGGAAGGUGGAAAGUGGAAUUGGAAAGGGUUGCAUG